AUGAACGACCUACUCAAUUUCAUCCUGGCCCAGGAUGCCUUUCGAAAAAAUCGCCUCCCCUCCCUCUACUCCGACUUCGCUAUACACAGAAAGACCAACCCAGACGGGUACACCGUCAAUGUCUCCGCAUGGGAACAAGCUCUACUGAAGGCCGCACGAAAUGGAUACAUACCAGCGUCACAUGGGAGUAGCGGUGAGCCGAGUAUCUCGACAAGUUCUCAAGCUAUAAAGCCGAAAAAAGACCAUUUGGUACUUCGAGCGGACGAGUCGCUAUUACGUGCGCUCGAGCUCCCCGAAUGGGGUCGGCCCAUUGCGCUUGCUGCUGUCUUUGAUGAAGCGAUUCGGAGUCGUAUUAUGGUCCCCUUGCAGAUGUACCGGGCUAGUUCGUCAAGUUUGAAUAAACCACAGUGGAGUCUGAUUGAGCCAGGGGUGCUGAAUCCAUGGAGUGUCAUGAGUUGGGGAUUGAAGCAGUUGAAGGGUGUUGUAGUCGGUUUAGACAGAGAGUCUACUCCGCCCUUACAGGCCCAGGAGCUGGUGUUGGUGGAAAACUUGAAGGAGGCGGCUGGUCUGAUCGUGAAGCAGGCGAUGAGCCGAAAUUCAUCUAAGACUGAUCUCAUAUACUCCAAAGAAAACUUUGUACAAGAGUUUGCGUCGGUGUUUACCGAAGAAAACGAUUUAUCUCAUACGGAUUUUAAUGUGCUACUGAUGUAUUUAUCUCGCGACAGCGGUGCUAUUGCAUAUGACGGCAAGACGAUCAAAUUCCGAUCUUCAAAUGACGCCCCUAAGGAGAUCACCGAACAAGAUACAGCCAUUUGCUCUAUUAAGUCGGCCAUGUCGGCUAUGACGAAACAAGUGGAAAACUUGGAAAACAAGAUUAUAGAGCUGAAUUUGACAGCAAAAGCGACCCUGCACAAUAAGAAUAAGAUCUCGGCGCUGGCCGCGGUGCGCUCUAAGAAGCUUGCGGAACAUAAUCUGAAACAAAGAUUAAACACCCUGGCGCAGUUGGAAGAAGUUUACUCCAAGAUUGAACAGGCCACAAGUCAUGUUGAAUUCGUACAGGUGAUGGAGACAAGCACUGGUGUUCUGCGCGGGCUGAAUACCCAAAUUGGUGACUCCACGAAGAUCGAAGAUAUCGUUGACGAGCUGCGCGAAGAGAUUUCCAAGGUAGACGAGGUGGGUAACAUCUUGAACGAAGCCGGUCCCCAGAUCGACGAGGCCGAAAUAGAUGACGAGCUUCAAGAGAUGGAGAACAAAGAGCAGCACGACCAGGAGGAAGAGGAAACACGCAGGAGGCUCGCGGAGCUUCACGACCUAAAACAGCGUGCCAAAGAGCCACGUACAGCAUCUAAUCAGGGAGUGGAUUCCGCACUAGAAGAGAGCAUUGGCAGGCUGUCUCGCAUGUCUGUAGAGGAGGGGCGCGAAGCCACAGCCCAAUGA